UUGUCUGUUUCCUAACGCCUUAUGGUGCAGCUCAAACCAAGUAUUAUCCGCCGUGGAGUCUAUUCAAUGGACAUCUACAGACGAUCAAAUUUGCAAACGACGAAUGUGGACCCACGAUCAACUACAAACGUCAGCUUUUGGACAUGCCCGACGGCGGAGUUGUGUCACUCGAUUGGGCGCUUCUGCCUGGACACUUACCAACCAGUAAAGAUAGCAAUGGGUGGGUUGAAGGUGUGGAUCCAACGCGACGUACAGUGCUGUUGUUGCCUGGUCUUACAGGAGGCAGCCCAGCGAAUUAUAUUCGCUUCACAGUUGCCAAACUGCACGAAAUCGGCUGGCAGUGCGUCGUUCUGAACGCGCGUGGAUGUGCCAACACCCCUGUGAAGACUGCGCAACUCUACUGCACAGCCUACACUGAAGAUCUGCGCUUCGUGUUGCAAGAAUUGGUCAAGAAAUACGACUUUGGACGGGAAGCCUUCGUCGGUGUUGGGUUCUCGAUGGGCUCGAAUGUGCUGGUUAAAUAUUUGGGUGAAGAAGGAGAUCAAACACCGUUGACUGGAGCUGUCUCGGUUGGAAAUCCCUUCAACCUGAUCAAAGUAUCGGAGAACCUGUCUAGUACAUGGUUCAAUCGAUUCAUGUACGACAAGGCUCUCAACCAAAGCAUGAAGGCGCUCUUCUUCGAAAAGAGUAAUGCUGCCGAGAGGUUUGAAGGUUAUCCAGGUCUAGACAUGGAAGCGGUUAGAGCUUCACGCACUGUGCGUGAAUUCGACGACACCCUUACCAGUGUGUUAUUCAAGUACAAGAAUGCUGACCAUUUCUACGAAGACGCGUCGUCCGACAAGAAGCUUCGUGCUGUCAAGGUGCCGCUGCUGUGUAUCAACGCUGAGGACGAUCCUAUCAGUGUACGCACAGCCUUACCAUCCCGGGCUCUGAUAGAGUCCAGUCCGAAUGUGAUUCUGUGCACUACAAAGUCUGGUGGACACUUGGCAUACUACGAGAGCUCACUUAGUGACAAGGAGGAACAGAGCUCAACGAUGUGGAGUGCCAAGCCUAUUGCUGAGUUUGCAGAGGCAGUGCGUCUAGCCAAGACGGCGACUUGAGGAGCCUAGCAGACCAGGAGUAACUCAAAACUUGGUUAAAUAUUAAUCAAAAUUCACGAUAAGGAAAGCUAAUACUGCAACACCA